UUCAUAUAUACAUAUGGGAUGCUUCAGGGCGAAGGAUCUUGGCGAUUGCCGCAAAGCUUUCAGCAGAGAGGAGGGAGGUCAGGAGAUAGCAGGCGCUGAGGAGACAGCUGUUCCGUUUACUAGGCUGCACCCCUGCCACUGUGUCAGCCUAUAGUACGCCGCACGUGUCCCCAUUCACCAUCUCCAACACCACGCACUCCCAUUCUCUCUCGUUCAUUCAUUCCUUCCUCUUUUUAAAAUGUAUUCCCCAGCUCCCAUCACCUCGGGGCCACGAAGGACCAUUGAUUCCUCCUCCGCCGCGUCCUCUUCUUCUCCUUCUCCUUCGUUCUUACCCAACUGAUCUGAAGUUCUGAACUGAGCUUACAGUGCUAGCUAUAACCUCGGAGAGACGAGAGAAAAAUGGAGCCGAAGAAGGGCGAUAACGGUAGUAGCGGUGGUGGUAAUAGUAAGAAGGGGAGUUCGGGGGGGCUUAAAGGGGUCAUGGGGAGGUCGAGGAAGGGGUGCAUGAGGGGGAAGGGCGGGCCCGAGAACGCCUCCUGCACGUACCGAGGGGUGAGGCAGCGGACGUGGGGCAAGUGGGUCGCCGAGAUCCGGGAGCCUAACCGCGGGGCACGUCUCUGGCUCGGUACUUUCAACACAUCCGAUGAGGCCGCUGCUGCGUACGACGAGGCCGCCCGCAGACUCUACGGACCAUCGGCCCCCCUCAAUCUCCCCUGCCACCAGCAGCAAGCGGCCGCUGCAGUGAUGAGGAUGACUGGUGCUCCUCCCGGUCCUCCUGCUGAGGGGCCAGGCACGGCGGCAGCGGACUCCCCCUCCCCUUCCUCCUCCUCUGCAGGGAGAGCAGUGCCGGAGACUCCCUCUGGCCGUCCCUGUGACAGAGGGUGGGAGGGCUGCCUGGUUGUCCCGGAGAUGCAGGUCGAGGCCGGGAGAUCAGGGAGCUGGUGUGGCGAAAAUAACAGUGGUUCGUGGAUCAAUGAGUUCCCCGAGAUGAGCGAAAUCGGGCUCAUGAUGGACGAGAUGAUGCUGAGCGGAGGAGACCCCGCGAGGGAUGAUUACGGGGAGGGGUUGCAGGUUCCAUGGAACUUGUAUGCUUGAGAUGAGAGGUGUAGCCACAACGUAAGUAGGGUUUUGUUCGAGAGGAACAAGAGAGGAGGGGAAAAAAGGAAUAGUAUGUAGACCAAAAAUAACACCCUUUUCUUUUUUAACAUUUUCCCCCUUUUCCGCGCGAAGAGAACACGAGGGUUCCUCAGCCGGCUGAUAUUAAUCUUCACCGGUCGAGCGUAGGUUAGUACUUCUUUUUUCUUUGGGUAGUUAGUAUUUGGUUUUCAUUUGGGUACGUUGGUCGUUGUUUUUUUUUUUCUCGGGAGAUGCAGUCUACGCCGGACUAGGGUUUUUGCACAACCGUGAUCAUUGUAAACAGUCAGACCUCAUAGUCAAGGUCGGUUUGGCUUAUUGAAUCGACCAGUUUGGGGACAGAACGAAAUCCUGUUUGAGCUAGUUUUGCUAUUAUUUGUUGUACAGGGGCUUUUUUUUAUAUUUCAUGGUUUGUUGGGGGUAAUUGGCUUGGAAGUUGAGAUGUGGGAGGGGAUGGGUAGAUGGAGGGCUUAUAACCCUGUUUUGCACGGGUUGUCCCUCAUAUGGGGGUUGAAAUGUAGAUAUAAGAAAAGAACAGGGGCUAGUUUGUAGCUCCUUGGAAAAGUUUCUUCUAGUUUUCCUAAUUUUUGCACCUUGGGCCUACCAAGUAAUUGAGUGAGCAUCACUCAUCAACUUGGAUGUGUCACACUCAAAGAAGAUGUUUGAAAAUAGAAAAUUGGCUCCAUAAGUUUUCA